UCACACUCACCCUUUCUCUGCGUCGCCGCUUUGGUUUUUUCACUCUCCUCUCCCUCCCUCUCUCUCCCCCGACAAUGGCGUUAUUAUCUCCAUCAUCUACGAGAUUCCUAUGCAAAAACCCUAACCCUACACGCGGCGAUCGAGCGAUCGCCUCCUCUCUCCGCCGCGCACCAUCAUCGGUGGUUUCCCCUCGCUCUAAACCCUUCUCCUUAGCGAUCUCCUCGCGAUCGCCGACCCGUCGAUGCUCCGCUUCGCUCGCAGAGUCGCCGAUCGUCGCCGCGGGGUCGCGGUUUCAACUCGAGGAUGUGAUCGAGGCGCAGCAGUUCGAUCGGGAUAUACUGAACGAGAUCUUCGAAGUGGCGCAUCAGAUGGAGGAGAUCGAGAAGAGCUCGACCGGGAGCGCGAUUUUGAAGGGGUAUUUGAUGGCGACGCUCUUCUACGAGCCCUCGACGAGGACGCGGCUCUCGUUCGAGUCGGCGAUGAAGCGGCUGGGUGGGGAGGUUUUGACGACGGAGAAUGCGCGGGAGUUCUCCUCGGCGGCGAAGGGCGAAACCCUAGAAGAUACUAUAAGAACUGUUGAAGGCUACGCUGAUAUAAUUGUUUUGAGGCAUUUUGAAAGUGGAGCUGCGAGGAGAGCAGCUUCCACUGCGAGUAUUCCGGUCAUCAAUGCCGGAGAUGGUCCAGGGCAGCAUCCAACACAGGCUCUAUUGGAUGUAUAUACCAUAAAAAGAGAAAUCGGAAGACUCGAUGGGAUUACCCUUGGCUUGGUUGGAGAUCUUGCUAAUGGUAGGACGGUUCGUUCUUUAGCAUAUUUGAUUGCUAAAUAUCAAAACAUCAAGAUUUAUUUUGUGUCUCCAGAGGUUGUCAAGAUGAAGGACGACAUUAAAGACUACUUAACAGCAAUGGGAGUAGAAUGGGAAGAAAGCUCUGAUCUAUUAGAGGUGGCAUCAAAAUGUGAUGUCGUUUAUCAAACGCGGAUUCAGAAAGAGAGAUUUGGCGAGAGAGUAGAUCUCUACGAAGCAGCUCGCGGGAAGUACAUAGUGGACAAGGUGGUGUUAGAAGUGCUUCCAAAGCACGCAGUUAUCAUGCAUCCGCUUCCAAGACUAGAUGAGAUUACAGUGGAUGUCGAUGGUGAUCCUAGAGCUGCAUAUUUUAGACAAGCCAAAAAUGGCCUCUAUAUCCGGAUGGCUUUACUGAAGCUGUUACUCCUUGGCUGGUGAUUGUUUUGAUGAUCCCGCAAUUUUGAUGUGAGAUAUGCUAUUUGUACACCAAAAGUAUGGUGUAGAUUUUCAUGGGAGAAAUGCUAUUAAUUAUCUUCCACAAUUUGCUGUUUUUUUUUUUUUAAAAAAAAAAAAACAACAACUAUACCAACCGAGGCUUAAAUAUAGCACUUAAAGAGUUGGGGGAUUGUCGAAGACUCCUACAUUUUUAUUAAUGGGUUAAAAUGAGUUAUCUAUACGUA